AUGUCCCCUUUUCGCGAUCCUCCGGCAGAGAUCAUCAACGCGUGGGAGCUUAUGGCGGGGCUCGAGGACGAAAUAAUUCCGGGCCGAAGAAGCGUAAAGUCGGGGCCUUUAACCCGAAGCCUAACCGGAAUCGAAUCCAGAAGCCCGAUGAAGUUCUUGAGCCAAGUGGGGUCCCCGAGGAAGUCGAAGAAAAUCGCUGGCAAGGAGAAUAAAGGCCGGGCGAACAACGCGGGCUCGACUGAGAAUAGCCCGAAAGCAAUAAUUCUCAAAGAUUCAAACAGCAAUAAUGCAAAGGAGGGCACGAAAAAGCCUUCCCCGAGACUGUGGGCCUCAAUCAAAGGAAGCCCAGGUGUUAAAAGAUCCGAGAGUUUGAGGUUCUUGUCCGGAAGGAGGAUUCUUGGCCCGUUGUUCGACCCAGAACUCUUGGCCGAGUUCGAAAGGGAGGUAUCUGAAGAGGAAGAAGAGAUCAAGAAGAUGAUUUCGGCGAAUCAAAGCCCGAAAAAGUCGAAAGCUUUGCUCGAAUCGGAAGGUUUUCUGGAGUCCUACAAGAGAAAGUGCCCGCCAGGUGGCCAGAACGCGGUUGUUCUCUACACGACUACUUUGAGGGGCAUACGGAAGACUUUUGAGGACUGCAACGCGGCCCGGUCGAUCGUCGGGGCCCACGGCAUUCAGGUGCUUGAACGGGACAUAUCUAUGGACUCGGGCUUUAAGGAGGAGUUGAGGGGGCUGAUGGGUUCGAAGGAGGUUCGGGUGCCAAAGAUCUCGCCAAAAUCGCAAAUGAAACCGUUUGGCGAUAAAGGAGAAUGA